AUGGAAAAUGAAGAUUUUAAAGAGUACGCUAGUCGCGUCAAUCUUCAGUGUGAACUUUUUAAACUGGAUAACUUAACCAUAGAUCAGUUCAAGUGUUUAAUUUUCAUACUUGGUCUUAAAUCAUCACAAGACAGUGACAUCAGAAUCCGUUUAUUAAGGCAUCUCAAUGAAAGUAAGGAAGUAGUCAACCUAGAAAAGCUAGUUGAUGAAACACAAAGCAUUUUGGAUUUGAAAAGUGACACAGCGCUAAUUGAGGGAAGCGUAAAACAAUGCAACAAUAUUGGUAAGCCACAACAAAAACAAAAGUUAUCAAAAACAGCAUGUUGGUACUGUGGAGAUAUGCACUAUGCUAAACAUUGGCCCUAUUCCAAGCAUAAGUGUACCAAAUGCGAACAGAUUGGUCACAAAGAUGGUUUUUGCAAAAACAAGCAGCAACAGAGCAAAACCAAUCAUGACCAACAUUCAAAGAAGAACAAUCAUCAGAAUUUCAACAAGAACAAAGGAAAAUUCAAUGCCAAAACAAUAUUGUCAACAAAACAAGUACAAUUCAAGGAAUUAAGAAAAUAUGUCACAGUGAGUAUUAAUUCCAAACAAGUAAAAUUACAAGUGGAUACAGCCUCGGACAUGACCAUAAUUUCUGAGUCAACUUGGAAACGCAUCGGAAGACCUGAAGCAACCCCAACAAAAGACACCGCCAAUGUUGCUAAUGCUAAACAGAUGAAAUUUUUGGCCAAAUGUUCAAUAGAAGUCUCAAUAGGAAAUAGAUCUGAAAUAGUGGAAUGCUAUAUUUCAGACGUUGAAUCACUAAAUGUAAUGGGCAUAGAUUGGAUUGAAAAAUUUAACCUAUGGAACAUUCCCAUCACAGCAUGGUGUCGUCAAAUAAAUUUCAACGAUGAAAUAUCAAAAAUAAAAGCAUCAUUCAAAGAAGUAUUUGACAACAGUUCAAUGGGUUUAUGUACCAAAACAAAAGUUAACAUCAAGGUACUUCCAAAUGUAAAAGAAGUUUUUAUACCAAAAAGACCAGUUCCAUACGCAGCACGCAGUGAAAUUGAAACCGAACUGCAACGUCUUGAAAAUUUAGGUAUAAUAACUCCAGUGGACACAUCAAAGUGGGCAGCACCUAUAGUCGUAAGUAAACGAAAUGGAAAAGUAAGAAUUUGCGGAGACUAUUCAACAGGUUUAAACAUUGCCAUAGAACCUAAUCAAUAUCCGUUGCCUACGCCAGAAGAGAUUUUUGCAGAAUGUCACAACUGCACAGUUUUUACCCAUUUGGAUCUAUCGGACGCCUACCUUCAAACAGAAGUAGAUGACGACAGUAAGGAGUUGCUGACAGUCAACACCCACAAGGGAUUGUUCAAAUUCAACAGAUUACCCCCAGGAGUGAAAUGUGCACCAGGUGCAUUUCAACGCAUAAUGGAUCAACUAUGCACAGGUAUAGAUGGCGUUAAGGCAUAUAUCGACGAUAUUAUGAUUGCCAGUCCAGACAUUGAACAGCAUAAGCAAACCUUACAAACAUUACUACAGCGUAUUCAAGAAUUCGGAUUUCGUCUAAAAUUUGAGAAAUGUGCGUUCUUUCAAAGUUCAAUCAUUUAUUUGGGACAAAUAAUUGACAAAACAGGAAUACGUCCAGAUCCACAAAAAAUCAAAGCAGUUCAACAGCUAAAAACUCCAGAGAAUAUAUCUGAGGUGUCAUUCGCAUCCAAAAUCGAUGACUUAGAUAAAUUUGUGAAGAAGAAUAACAUUGGUUUCUCCUGCCUAUUAACUAAAAAUUUUUCCCAAACUGGAGCUAACUCGUUGGUGAGAACAAAGUGUGCAUUGUCACAUUUUGCCAUAAUCGAUUUGUAUGAUGAUGAGAAUAGCGGGGACGGCGCAUAUAAUGGCUACAACGAAGUCAUUGAGAUGUUAAAAAAUAAUAUAUGGUCUAAUGUUUUGACCCCCAGCAAGGGCUCUCAUAAUUUAAUACCAGAUAGUACCAAUGAUGAAUUACAGGAGGAUGAUAAUGAUGUCGAAAAGCAAUUGAACGAAUUUGAAGAUCUGCUUAAUAGCAUACAACAGUUCAAAGUGUCAUUCGCAUCCAAAAUCGAUGACUUAGAUAUAUUUGUGAAGAAGAAUAACAUUGGUUUCUCCUACCUAUUAACUAAAAAUUUUUCCCAAACUGGAGCUAACUCGCUGGUGAGAACAAAGUGUGCAUUGUCACAUUUUGCCAUAAUCGAUUUGUAUGAUGAUGAGAAUAGCGGGGACGGCGCAUAUAAUGGCUACAACGAAGUCAUUGAGAUGUUAAAAAAUAAUAUAUGGUCUAAUGUUUUGACCCCCAGCAAGGGCUCUCAUAAUUUAAUACCAGAUAUUACCAAUGAUGAUUUACAGGAGGAUUAUAAUGAUGUCGAAAAUCAAUUGAACGAAUUUGAAGAUCUGCUUAAUAGCAUACAACAGUUCAAAGUAACAGAUGAGGAAGUGAAAGAAACAGCGGUUCGCCGCCGACUCUGCCCUGACCCACCUGAACCGGAUGUACAAAACCUUCUGGAGGCUACGAAUAGCAUUGGCGACCUAGUCAUUGGAUGUGAUGCUAAUGCCCAUCACAGUGAAACCAAUCCAAGAG